CUUCCAUGUUUCUCAUCCUAGACAGAUGUAGCAAAUGUACGCUGACAUCUGCAUUGAGUCGAAUGAUACUGCCAUAGACAACCUCACGUGUAUCCAUCCCGCCCUCUUAGAGCCUUCCUUUUUCAAAAUGGCUGCCGAAGUCUCCGGUUUAGCUAGGCUGGAUGCCUUCCUGGCCGUGAUAUUCGCUGAAUGGAGUAUCUACUCGACUGCCAUUGCAACCGCUAUCGCUAUUUUCAUCACAUACACCCUGCUAUCUUCGAAAGAGCCCGAUGUUCAUCCUUACCUGCUCGCGAGGCAGGCUACCGAAGCUCCUGUUCGACAACCUGGCCAGUCGGCAGCUUUCAGAAGCAUGGAAGUCCCGCAUGGCUAUCCUUUGAGAUCAGGCCUCAGUGUGAAGGACCCCGAAGCCCCGAAAUGGAGCGGUGGUCGAAAUGGAGACCUUCGCGAUAUCUGGAGAGCUGCUGCUCGUGGCUCGACAAGCGAGGCGGGUCAGCGAGGCAAGAUUUACAGCGUACUAGGGAAGACUGCAAUCGAACAUAACGUCGAUGACCUCACGGCAGAAAUCAAUGUUAUUGGCAGAUUUCUUCACGAGUCGAAGGUGAAGAAUGUGGCAGUUAGCCUAUCCGACUCAGUUGAGCUGCUGGCCUCUAUUUUUGCUGGCGCCUUCUACAACUUCCAUAUGGUGAUCAUCCCGCACAACCUUAAACCAGAAGAACUGGGAGGCUUCCUCAAAAAGGCGGAGGCUCACGCGCUGGUCGCCGAAGCCGGUGCAGUUGAUCUUACAAUCGUUACCAAGGGCAAUGCGCAAUUGAAACAGGUCAUCUGGGUAGCGAAGCAAGGCAGCAGGCAUAUGGACUGGAACGAUGUCCCAGAGGGCAUUGGAGGCAAUGUUGAUGUCUCUGUUUGGCACGAAGUUGUCAAGGACAAAAAGACGUUGACUGAUACUGAAGUUCCGGCCUACGAUCCCAAAACCGAAACUCCUUCUCUUUCCGCAAUAUGGAGUUCAUCCGGUGAGUUCAUUGAAUACCAGCGUCACAAUCUUGUGUCCGCUAUUGGAGCACUUCUUAGCUCGCUUCCAAGAUCCCAACGAUUGAGCUCCAAUGAUGUGGUGCUUUCUAUCGACUCGCUCUCUCGACCAUACCCAUUAUGUUGGGUGUUGGCUGCGUUGUACUCGAACUCAUCUAUUGCUCUCAACUCAGUGGCGGGCGAAGAAAUUGACUUUGCACUUGCAACUAUCGGCAUAUCACCAACUGUAAUUAUAUCGUCCGCACGCACUGUUUCACAGUAUCAUAAGCUGUCGAUGGCUCCCCGUACAGGGCUGGUGGCCUCCCUCGGCCGUUGGGUCCAAACACGAGCACUUGAUGCUGGGAGAAUGCCAUCGCAGAAUUUUUUCAGUCGGCUAGCUAGCCUGGGACCUACAGCUGAGCUGUCAUUGUCGAAAUUACGCUUGCUUAUCGUUCCAUACCGUGUAGAUGAGCCGUCGGAAGACCGUUUGAGCUCAGAGCAGCUGACCGACUUGCGCAUCUUCACGGGAGCUCGUGUUAUCUAUGCCUUGACUGCUCCGGGAGUUGCUGGUGCUGUCAGCCAGAGCCAUAUAUUUGAUUAUAGACGGCGCCCAGGCUUGGCACACUUCGGACCUCCAUUGAGUAGUGUAGAGAUUGUUCUCGAUGGUCACACCGAGGACUCUGGUAUCGAAAGAGCCACCGAGGGACAGCUUACUAUCAGAGGACCGGCCGUCGUACCAGGAGCAGUUACGCUCACCGCUCGUGCGCGUUUCCUCGAGGACAAUACCUUGGAACUGCUCAAAUAAUGACCUCCUGGCAACCGAAGACUGUUUCAUUGAGCCAGAAAUAUCAAAUAUUAUGCAAUGAUGAAUCAAAAUAUUGAAUGAUAUU